UUAAAAAAAAAGAAAAAGAAAAAUCAGUAUAUGAUGCAUACCAUAAAUAUGUAUGCGUCUGCGUCUGUUGUCUGUUCCUUUUGACCCAGAGAGACCUUAAUUAUGUCUACAGUACUCAUUCUCUGAGCUUCUUUUUUAUGUGUUUAAUAGUUGAUUGCAUUAGUCAGAGAGAGCACAUGGAAAGAGAUGUUUGCUUAUUUCGGCUGCACCACUGCAGGAAACUGCAACCCCCUCUCCCCUCCCCUUCACGAGAUUGUUGACACAGCUAGCCUUCCAAUGAUGUCCUUUCUUGUACUAUAACCUUGUGUCACCUGCGCCCUCUCCACAACAGUGCGCUCAUUUGGCUUUUUCCCAUCACCACCCCAUUACCUCCCCCUCUCUCUCUCUCUCUCUCUCUCUCUCUCACACACACACACACACACACACACACACACACACACACACACAGAGACACACAUAGAGACACACAUACAAGCCAUAUAAGCUGGUGUUCCGGCAUUUCCUGUCGCAGUGAGAGAAGCCUAAAAGCACUUAGCCACCAUGUUCGCAUCAGCUGCUUUGUCCAACUCCACCUCCAUGUCUGAAGAAGGAAGCGCUUCUUCUGAGACCAGAGCCCAUGACUUCAACAGCUUGAUAUCGUUCUUGACACCCACUUCUCCUUCCCAGCACCUUCAACAGUCACAAGCAAAGGGGAAGAAGAAAAGAAGCCAACCAGGAAACCCAGAUCCAGAUGCUGAAGUAGUAGCUCUCUCUCCAAAGACGCUUAUCGCCACAAACAGGUUUGUGUGCGAGAUCUGCAACAAGGGAUUUCAGAGGGAUCAAAAUCUGCAGCUGCAUAGAAGGGGUCAUAACUUGCCAUGGAAGCUGAGGCAAAGGAGCAGCAAAGAGGGGGUGAGGAAGAGGGUGUAUGUGUGCCCAGAGCCUUCGUGUGUGCACCACCACCCCUCUAGGGCUCUUGGGGACCUCACAGGGAUCAAGAAGCACUUCUCCAGGAAGCACGGAGAGAAGAAGUGGAAGUGCGACAAGUGCUCCAAGAGAUAUGCUGUUCACUCUGAUUGGAAGGCCCAUGUUAAGACCUGUGGAACAAGGGAGUAUAGAUGUGAUUGUGGAACCCUCUUCUCUAGGAAGGACAGCUUCGUCACCCACAAAGCUUUUUGUGACGCCCUAGCAGAAGAGAGUGCAAAACUGCUCACUACCAGCAGCAGCAGCACCACCACCACCAUCACCACCAACCCGUUAAUCCUCGAUCACCCCUUCUUCCCCUUCUCUUCUUUGGACCCUACAAUAUUUACAAACCCUAACCCUAACCCUAACCUUAAUUACAACCCUCACCCACCUCCUCUCCUCCGCCCUUACGCCUUCCACCUAGCAACAACCGAAGCCGCCGCCGCCGCCGCCCCCCCUCACCUCUCCGCCACCUCCCUACUCCAACGCGCCUCCGCCGUGGGCCCCAUCAUCACCGGCGCGGCCUCGUGCCACGUGGGAUGCGCGGACUUCGAUGCGGGGGGGCUCGCGACGUGGCAUGCAGGGGACCGGCUGACGAGGGACUUCCUCGGGGUGGUCGCCGGCGAGGAGGCGCCCGGCGGAGUGCGAGACCUGCUCCCGCUGACGUGCCUGGAUCUGGUCACCGCCCCGCACUACUGCGCGCAGGUGGGCGACCACACCUGCACCAACCCGGUGAGCGAGACAUGGGGUAACUGCUAAAAGCUUAAUUGUGUAAUACGAUCAAUCUGGCCCUGAUGUUUGAACAAUUUACGCCCCGUGGUAAAAGACAUGCACACAGAGUUUACCUGAACUAUGUCCAUUUUGUUUUGAAAUAGGCACGUAAACUUUGAAAUAAUUAAAUAUUUUGAAAGUUUAGGUGCUUAUUUAAAUACACAAAAAGUUCUAGCUAGUAAACUCUAUGCACUUGUACCUUUUCUUUUCCCUUUCUUCUUAAUUUUUCUUUCUCAAUUAUUGCUUUUAUUUGUUGUUUAAUUAUCAUAUGGUCUCAGUCUUUUGAACGUGCGUGAAAACAUGGUGUGGAUCAUUUCUCUGCAGAUAACCCCAGGUUUUGUAAAUGUGAGGUUGCUCCUUUUUUUAUUUUA